AUGCCAGAGUCACACUGGAGACCGGCUCAGACGACGCCGCUCACUUUGCGAUUGACUGGCGUGAUGUCUCUGCACAAUGAAGUUUAUAUGAGGGGUGCCGGAAACCACUGGCAUCGAUGUUUCGAGGUUGAAACAACUCAUCCGCUUGCACGGUGUUCCCCAUUGACAUUGCUUCUGAACAUCCACGACGGAUACAACUUCGCGGAAGGGACAACAGUUCACUUCGCAGGCGAUCUUAUCGGCUUAAACGACGGCUCACAGUCGAUUAUCAUUCGUCCCGAUCCUAUCUUCGAGAUCGGAAGCCAUUGCCUUUCACAUUCCCUUUCACAAUUGAACGUCCUCGAAGUCUCGAGUCGAGGACGUGUUAAAGAGCACCACGUUCACAAAGCAGAAUGGACCACCCUAGUGGUUGAGCACAACGUUUAUGUAACGCACCUUGACAGAUGGCUGUUGUUCACGGCGAUUUACGUAGAUAUCGGCAAUGGCGUUAUCUCAUCGUUUGGGGGCGUCCUGCUAGGCGCAAUUCUCAACUUCCGUGGACACAUCCUAGAGUUCUCAGACGUGGGACACAUCUGGGCAGUGCACUGCACCGUGUGGCAAAGCUGA